CACCACCACCACCACCACCACCACUAUCACUACCACUACCGUUGCUACCACUACUAGCGUUACUACCACCACUACUGUCACUACCACCAACAACGAUAGGACGGACAACGGUAGCGCCCUCUCUCAACGUUCUCGAUUCGAUGGCAGCCGCAACGGAGGGACGACAGGGGUGCCGAAUCAGUCUCUUUCUCUCUGAUUACGAGAGGGAGAGAAAACGUUCGCGUGUUUCGGUGUAAAAAGGGUGGAGGAGGAGGAGAAAGAGGAAGAAGAGAGGAAGAAGAAGAAAAAGAAGAAGAAGAAGAAGAAGAAGAAGAAGGACGUGGAUAAAGCGUGGAUUGGUGGAGGGGUGUAUCCGGUAGGAGCGCAGUGCCAGACCGACAGUCGCACCCCGUCUUCGUCGUCGUCGUAUUCGAAGCCACCCCACAAUUGUCAUUGCGCGGUGUGUGACGGAGAACGUCACCGAAAGCAAUCAAGUUGGAACGAAGGAAGGAAGGAAGGGAGGAAGAGAGGAAGUAACAUUGGAAUGGAUGGCUAAGAUCGGUGUUAAUCAAAAUAUACGAUAUAGAAAGAAUUUGAACGAUUUAGUAAAACGAUCGGCAAGUUUUCCGAAAGGGCGGGGGCGCGAGAAAGAGGGUGUUGGAGAUAAAUAGGGUAAGAGAGGUAGAGGGGGUGAGAAAGAGAUAGAUAUAGAGAUAGAGAUAGAGAGAGAUAGAUAGAUAGAUAGAUAGAUAGAUAGUUACAUAUAUAUAGAGAGAGAGAGAAAGAGAGAAAGAGAGAGAGAGAGAGAGAGAGAGAGAGAGAGGGAACGAGCGCGAGCUAGAGUUUCGGCUGGCAUGGUGGCGGUGCAUCCGGUUAAGGAGCUGCCCUCGCCGUGCCCAUGACGAGGCUGCAGAUCUUCCACCAGCGUCAGGCAGAAAAGACGAAGCCGGUGUGGCUGGGAGCGUCGAGGAAGGCCCGCUCCGUCAUCCGCAUCCGCGAGGAGCUCAACGACGACGACGACGAGGACAAAGAGAAGAAGAGAAAGAAGAACGGGUUCGAAGUUCCUCGUCCUACGACGACGGCAGUGAGCGACGGACGGCCGCGACGGAGACGUCGGCGCCGUUACGACGACGUCGACGACGAGUUGUGCUGGGACGUUCCUGAGGACGGUGCCGUCGCCGGAGCCGUCGUCGUCGAGCGUUUUCGCGGGUGCAUUAGGUGUUGCGUUAUUUGUGGGUGCUACGGGUGCCGGUGUUGGGAAUACACGUCAACAAAUUCCCUUCCUCUUCUUUUUCCUCCUCUUCUUCUUCUUCUUCUUCUUCUUAUUAUUAUUAUUAUUAUUAAAAAUAAUCGGGGAUUACAAGAUUCGUAAUAAUAAGCAACCUCGUGGGCAGCUGCUGCCGCCUUCUCAAUAUGCCGCGUUGCCUCAUGGCCAAGAAAUGGAAGGCUUAUCCCUGGCCCGAUCGGCUCGAUGAUCAGCAACACGAACAAAACGGAUCGGUCGGUAUCGAACAGGAACAUGUUAACACCACGACUACCGGUCAUGAUCUUCAUAGAAAUUCUUCUUCGUUGGUUAUGGACAAGAAAACUAAUAGACAACAUCAUGAGCCUGAGGAGGAGGAAAUCGACGUUGUUGGUGACAGCGAUAACAGGCAGGUCGAUCAUCAGCAAACCUGUUGGGGUCCUCAUAGUCCUACCGCUGGUGCUACCGCGCCAAGUCCACCACCGUUGAAUGCUUCUGGCGCUCUUUAUUAUCAUGGUUAUACGCACGAGGCAUGGAUUAGUCACGAGGAACCACCAAAAUAUGCAACUUUGCGAUCGGCUGCGGAAUUGGCACAACCAGUGGUACCUUCGCCACCCCCACAGGAUAUACAAGUUGUCUCGAGUGAUGGAGCGUCCCUGCAACCAACACCUACGCCAUCCACCGUUACUACAACCUCCCACAGUUUACCACCAAGAAAAAGCUUGUCCAUGUGUUUUACCAGUACCGGCACUGCUCUAUCCUUGCCACCUAAAAAGAAGGACAUAUAUCGGCCAUAUAGUCUUCAACCAACCACCGAAAUACGUACCUCGGCCGAGGAAGAUCUAUCAGCGGCUCAGGCUAUCCUCGAUUUGAGUGCCUCACCGGCAGCACCCACGCAUUCGGUUUUCAUUCAUACUCUCUCAGCACCUCCGACGACUCAAGUACAAGCUAAUGUUGCCACCGUUGUGCAAUUGCAACAACAACAACAACAACAACAACAACAACAACAACAACAACAACAACAACAACACCAGCAACAACAACCGACCCAACAAUUACAAAGAGCACCUUCGCCCCAACCGAUACCGGUUUCCGUUUUGGUGCCAGUACCAACGUCUCAAAAUGCUCAGCUUCGUCAACAAGAACAUGCGCCACCUCAACCCCAAUCUCCAGCCACUGCGGAAAGCAAUGUUUCUGGAAAUUGUAACGGAAGGGACAGUAGCGGUAACGGUGGCAGCAAAACGGUCGCCUACACCUAUGAGGCCUUCUUUGUGUCCGAUGGUCGUUCGAAACGUCGCGGGAGUAACAAUGGUGCCGUGGUGCCCGACAAAGAAGCCGUUCAACCUGACAGGCCAAAGUUCACAUGUACCGAAUGCGGCAAACAAUACGCUACCUCGUCGAAUCUAUCGCGGCAUAAGCAAACUCACCGUAGUCUCGAUUCUCAGUCGGCAAAGAAGUGCAUUCACUGCGGCAAGGCGUACGUCAGUAUGCCAGCACUGGCGAUGCACGUGCUAACGCAUAAGCUCGCCCAUAGUUGUGGUGUUUGCGGGAAGAUGUUCUCAAGGCCUUGGCUACUUCAGGGUCAUCUUCGUAGCCAUACAGGUGAGAAGCCUUACGGAUGCGCACACUGCGGUAAGGCAUUUGCCGAUCGUUCGAAUUUGCGAGCGCACAUGCAAACCCAUUCGGCCGACAAGAAUUAUGAGUGCUCGAGAUGUCACAAAACGUUCGCUCUUAAAUCUUAUUUAAACAAGCAUCUCGAGUCUGCUUGUCUUCGGGAUGAAGAUGUUCAACAACAACAACAACAACAACAGCAACAGCAACAGCAACAUCAACAUCAGCAUUGUACCAACGGACCUCAACAACAACAACAGCAACAACAACAGCAGCAGCAACAGCAGCAACAACAACAGCAACAUCAGCAGAGCCCAAACCGAGGCUUGUAGCAGCGUUACGAGAAAUUUAACAGGCUUGACGGCUGCGCCACUGUAAAUGCUCUCAGAGAAAGCUAGCGGCUUCUCGCGGUAGUUGGAUAAACGACAAAAUGGAGAAAAAAUAGAGAGAGAAAGAGAGAGAAAGAGAGAGAGAGAGAGAGAAAAAGAGAGAGAGAAAGAAAGCAAGCAAACAAGAAAGCAAGCAAACAAGCGAAAGCAUCGAACGGGUCGAUCUUUAAAAGGUUUGCCAUAGAUAUUAAGUAGUAAAGUGCCAGUGAAGAGGAAGAAAUUAAAGACGGUAGGUAAUGAUGAAAGAGAAGGAAGACAUAGUAGGUGAUCAAUAAUGUCUAACAUUUUCAAAAACGUCCAGUAAUGUUUAAGUCUUAAAAGAAACAAAGAGAGAACAAAACAAACCAAAACAAAACAAAAUAAUCAAGAAGUACAUACACCCACCCACACACACAUACACACAUACACGUACACACGUCGAACAAUUGACGUCCACACUGCUAUCUAGUCAUCUUAGUCGGUUAUAACUAUUACAUUACUAUAUUAUAUAUUAUUAUAUUAUAUUAUUAUAUAUAUAUAUAGUAUAUAUAUAUAUAUAUAUAUUUACUAGCGCGUACGAUACUAGUCGCGAGCUCGUUAACACUAUUUAUCUCAGAUAACUUAAAAUUAGCUGAACUGGGAAUCCGAAAUGGGUUUUCAAUAGUAUCAACAUUAAAAUAAUCUCACGAAAGGAAAAACAAAUAAUCUUUUUCGAAUAUCGAGAUGAUGAUGAUGAUGAUGAUGAUGAUGAUGAUGAUGAUGAUGAUGAUGAUAAUAAUGACGAUGACGCGAAACUUUGUGAUACAAAUUCGCGUCGAACAUUUUUUAAGGUCUUUUCGGUCUUCGACGAAUGAUACAAUUAUAAUCGUAUUAUCAACGCGAACAUCUUGACGAAAUGUUUGUAACGAAGAUGAUUGAAAUAUACUUGCUAAUGAUUUUAGAAAAUUCAUAGGGAAAGAGAAACAAGGAGAAAGAGCAGAAGGGAGAGAAAGAGAGAGAGAGAGAGAGAGAGAGAGAGAGAGAGAAAUACAUAUAUAACUUACGUAUUGUGACGUAUGAAUGAAUUAUAUUGUCGGUUCCAUUUCGUCGAUUUCAAAAUAUAAAAUAUUGAAGAAGGAAAGGAAAAAAAAAAUUAAAAGGUAUAAUUAGAUGAUGAAAUAAUAAUAGCACGCGAAAAUAUAUAGAUAUAUGGAAAAAUACAAGAAGAAGAAAAAGAAAUUCGAACGUAUGUUUAAUUCGAAUAAAAAAAGAAUUAAAAAUAUAAUGGGGAAUAAUAUUUGGAAUGUUGUUCGUAUAUACAUAUACGUAUAUAUAUACAAUACAAUAUAUACAUAUAUAUAUAUAUGUGUGUAUAUGUAUAUGAAUAUGUAUGUAUAUAUAUAUAUUUGUAUAUAUAUGUAUAUAUGUAUAUAUAUGUAUAUAUGUAUAUAUAUAUAUAUAUAUAUAUACAUAUAUAUAAAUGUAUACGUGCUAUUUUGGUUAGGAUUGAUCAGAUUAUAAUAAUGUGGAACUAACGACGUAUACACACACACACACACAUACACACACACAAACAUAUAUAUAUAUACUCAUACGUUUGCGCGAACAAUUCCAAAAGGUAAUUACGCUGCGCAUUACCGAAUCGCGUUUAUUAUAAUCGGUUAUCGCGCUUCUUUUAUUACGCGCUUGCGCAAUAUCAUUAUUAUUAUUAUUAUUAUUAUUAUUAUUAUUAUUAUUAUUAUUAUUAUUAUUAUUAUUCGAAUGAGAAAGGUGAUUCGAUUCGUGACGAAUUAAGGCGCGUUCCAACAAUUACAAAAUACCCCUCUUCUCUACCCCUCUUCUUCCAUCCCUUUAACGUUUCUGUAUACAUUUUUUUAUACGCAUACUGUAUUUAUACUUCUUUUCUCUUUAUUUAUACGCGAUUUCGGUCUGCGCAUGCGCAAACCCACGAACGUGCAAAUAUGUUUAUACAGAGAAAGAAAGAGAGAGUGAGAGAGUGAGAGAGAGAGAGAGAGAGAGAGAGAGAGAGGGAGAGAGGGAGAGAGAGAGAAGGCAAUUCAGAAGGUACGAUUAUAUCUGUGUAUUACGUGUUGAUCGGUCGGCCAUACGUAUUAUUAAUCGUGGAUAUAUGAAAAAAAAAAAAGAAAAAGGAGAGAAAAAAGAAAAGAAAGGAAGAAAACUUUAGAAGCGAUAAUAAUGUAGAUUUUAUUCUUGUUUUCUAUUUUUUUUUCUGCCCUUUUUUUCUCUUUUUCAUUUCCUUUUUAUCGCAUGAAAUGAAUCGUUUGAACGGAGCCAAGGUAUUUACACAACGAUUGUGCGCGCGUGACACAUUUCACUUAUUUAUGUGGCAACUAUUUCUUCCUUCUCUUUUUCUUUUUUUUUUAUUUUUUUACUUAUUUUUUACUUAUUUUUGUCCUUUUUUCUUUUCCUUUUUUCUCUUUAUUUCAUUACUACUAUCCGUUAUGCAUAUAAAAAAAAAAGAUACAAUCGUAUCUUUCGAAUUUAGAUUUUGCUGCUUAGGUAUGGACACGUAUACAUCUACACGUACACACACACAGACACACACAUACAUACAGACAGACAGACAGACAGACAGACGGACAGGUACGUAAGAACGUCUCUCACGUGUAUUUUAGGGUGAAGAAGAGAGAAAGGAAUAAUGAAAAGAAAAAAAAAGUAAAAAAGAAAAAAAAAGAAAAAUAGAAGAAAAAUCUAACUAAAGUAAACUAAAACUAAAACUAAAACUAAAUCUAAACCUUAAACUAAACCUAAAACUAAACCUAAAACUAAACCUAAAACUAAACCUAAAACUAAAACUAAAACUAAAACACACGAGAAAAUAAUAGACGCGUAACGUUGGUAUACACGUAUUUUAUAGAGGCAAUAUUAAAAUGGAAGAAAAAAAAAGAAAAGAAAAAGAUAAAAAAAAUAAAAUGAUUUAAAAAAAAAAAAAA